GCUAUUUAAAACAUACUUGAAUCUGGUUAAAUGAAGUUUGGCGACACAACAGCCUUGAUAUAUCUAAUAUGAGUUGAAAAGUAAAGAAUAUAUCAUCAAGUUGGUGAGCAAUUCAUUGAUCUAUUAGGAAUCGAGUCUGGGCUUGGCGUGGUUUCUGGAUAGCACAGCUUUUACAUUUGUAACUAAUAUGAGUUGAGUUAAAAAGGGAAGAAUUUAUCAUCAAAUUGAAUAUGAGUUAAAAAGUGAAGAAUAUAUCAUCAAGUUGAAUAUGAGUUAAAAACAGAAGAAUAUAUCAUCAAGUUGCAAAGAUGUCUGGUUUACCAUGGGACAGCGAGGAACGUCAAAACUACAUUCGAGCGUUAUAUAUUGUCACUUGGGCUGUAAGAAAGGAAUUGAGAAAAUUCUUUAUUCAGGAAUGGAACAAACUUUACCAGGCUUCUCUUGGAGCAUGGGAUGACACCAACGUAAGUGGUCAGGAGUUGUUUAAUUUGGAGAAAAAACGAACAAGACCAAAUCUCAAAUUUCUUCACUCCAAAUUUCAAAAAGGAAAUACAAAUGAAUGGGAUUGUACUGUACUUUUCGGUGCAAUUCUUUAUUCCAACUCAAUCGGUUGUAAUCUUAAAAGUCACCAAAAGAAUGAACUCGAUACACUUAGAAAACUUCGAAAUGAAAUAAUUCAUGAAAUACCUGACAAAAAGCUAACUGAUAAAGACUUUCAAACCAUGACAACAGAAGUUAAGAAUGCGUUGCGUUCAUUGGGACUGUCAAUCAACGAGGUCGUUCGAAUAAAAAACCUCUUUGCAUCGUUUAAAAUUCUUCCUCUUUCACCGGCCCUUGAAGUCGUUUCUCCUUCUGACAAGAUACACAAGAUAAGAGAAGAUCUUGAAAAUUUGCGCAGCGAUAACGAUGGCAAACUUACAUAUUUUUACAUCUCUGGGAAUCCCGGAAGUGGAAAAUCUCAACUCGCCAGCCAAGUUUGUGAAGAUAUUUGGAAAAACGUUCACGCGAAGCACGAAGCAAUGUUUGUAAUGACAUUGAACGGAAAAGAUUUAGAUUCUCUUUUAUAUUCCUAUGAAGAUUUUUGUCGUAAGCUAAAUUGCAACGAAAGCGUAUUAAAACGUUUUUCGAGAUCAUCUAAACCAAAAGAUGAGAAAAUCAAAGAUUUGAGAUCGCAAAUAUCCAACAGAAUUAAGAAUUGGAAGAAGUGGUGGAUUAUCGUCGACAAUGUGGAAGAUCUCGAGCUCAUUUCCCCACUACUGCCUCUGAUGGGCGACGAUGUUUGGAAUAACGGUCAAAUCAUAGUGACGACACAAAACACAAAUGCAGUUCCUUCCGACAGCUUGUCAAGUAAACAUAUUUCACUCGCAGCAAAGAUGUCUGGUAUACCAUGGGAAAGCGAGGAAAGACAAAACUCCAUUCGAGCAGACUACAUUGUCAGUGAUGUUGUGAGGAAGGAAUUAAGGAAUUUCUUUAUUCAGGAAUGGAACAAACGUUACCAGGCUUCUCUAGGAGCGUGGGAUGACACGAACGUCAGUGGUAGUCAGUUGUUUAAUCUGGAGAAAAAACGAACAAGGCCAAAUAAGACCAUGCUUCAGUCCAAAUUUAAUCACGGAGAUACAAAUGAUUGGGACUGUACUGUACUUUUUGAUGCAAUUCUUUUUUCCAACGCGAUUGGUGCAAGCCUUAAUCCAACGCCUAAAACUGAAAUCGAUAAUCUGAGAAAACUACGAAAUGAAUUAGCUCAUAAACCUAAAAAAACGCUGGAUGAUGCAGACUUUCAAACCAAGACAACAAAUGUUAUAAAUGCAUUGAAUGCAUUAGGACUGUCAAGCAACGAAGUCGUUCGAAUAAAAAACCUCUAUAAAUCCUUCCAAAUUCUACCUCCCAAGCCAACUCAUGAAGUCGUGUCUCGUUCUGACAAGAUACACGAGAUAAGAGAAGAUCUUGAAAAGUUGCGCAGCGAUAACGACGGCAAACUUACAUAUUUUUACAUCUCUGGGAAUCCAGGCAGUGGAAAAUCUCAACUUGCCAGACAAGUUUGUAAAGAUAUUUGCGAAGAUGUUCAUGUGAAGGACGAAGCAAUGUUUGUAAUGACAUUGAAAGGAAAAGAUUUAAAUUCUCUUUUAUAUUCCUAUGAAGAUUUUUCUCGUAAGCUAAAUUGCAACGAAAGCGUAUUAAAAGAUCUUUUGAGCUCUUCUAAGGCGAAAGAUGAGAAAAUCAAAGAUUUGAGAUCGCAAAUAUCAAACAGAAUUAAGAAUUGGAAGAAGUGGUGGAUUAUCGUCGACAAUGUGGAAAAUCUCGAGCUCAUUUCCCCACUACUGCCUCUGAUUGGUGGCGAUGUUUGGAAUAACGGUCAAAUCAUAGUGACGACACAAAAUACAAAUGCAGUUCCUUCCGACAGCUUGUCAAGUAAACAUAUUUCACUUAGUCUCGGUAUGAAUGACCAAGAGUGUCGCCAGCUUCUUGCCCUGUUAUCAAGAACUGAUGUCAAUGAUUCAUUACUAGAUGAGGUGGCAGAGAAGUUAGAUCGUCAACCACUGGCAAUGGCUGCCGCAGCGGUGUAUAUGGGCCAAGUCAUCGAGAGUCUCCCAGAUUUUUCUUGGCGAGAUUACUUAGAAAAGCUUGAAAAAGGGAGAAGAGAAUUAACAGAAGAGCGUCUUCGGCAGACAAAUUCAGCAGCAUAUUCAUCCACCAUGAGUGCUGCUGUGCUUUUAGCUGUUACAAAAUGCGCGAAAGAAAACAAAAUUCUUGGACAUGCAUUCAACCUUUUCUCUUUGAUAUCGUUUGAACCACUACCACUUGAUCUUGUUGUGAAAUACGUUCAGCAGCAAGAAGACGAGUUUGAGGCCGAGGAUAUCAUUCUUGCAAUAAAACACUGCUCGUUGUUUGUUCAUGUUGGGAAUAAAGACCGUGAUAUACGCCUGCAUCGUGUUGUUCAUGAUGCGAUCAAAUUUCGUUAUCUUUUGAAAAAAACUGACAUUGGCGAUUCAUCAAAAGAUGAAAUACCAGAUGAAGAGCAAAAUGUAAGAAUAGGAAUUCACAACGUUACAAGAACAUUGUAUUCUUUCGAAGACAGGAAAGAUAAAAUUAAAAUCAUUCCACAUUUGAAAGCAUUUUUAACAGAAAUUAAUAGAUUGUUUCCAAAUCAAACCCUAUCCUUAACGAGCAUUUUAUGA